AUGGCGCUCACAGCUCAACCGUCGGCCCCCGCGGGCUGGGAACGUUGGCCCCAGCACCACCCCAACAACGACUAUGUUAUGAUGGACGCCGAUGUUAUGCCCUACAACGCACGGCCUAUGACCACAGCACCGAUGCAACAACGGCCUUCCUUGGUUCCCCACUAUAUCCCAACGACAUCUAUGAGCACGGCUCCCAUCACCAGCAUCAGCGCGCCAGCACACUAUCAGCCAUCCGUUUCUUAUGGCGGAGGAUAUCCGGCUUACCCGCUGCCUUCGCCUACUACCAUGAGCUCUCAGUACAGGCAUCAGCAUUACCAGGAACGACCAUCACUACAUAUGAUUACGCCUGAACUUGAGGACACCAGGGGCCCGCAUCAUAUUAGGGAUGCGAGGCGGUACAGUGAAGAGAGCAGGAGCCCAUCGGAGCGUAGCGAUUCUCAGGCUUCUACGGCGGAGACGACCAUCUCGAACCACUCGACCUGUUCACGAACCAUCACCCCCAAUGCCCCGGUCAACGGAGCGCCUCAAGUCGAGUUUAGCACUGCAGUGGACAAGCUCAUGAAGGUUAUUCAGUCCAAGAUGAAGGACACAGAUGCCGAGCAGAGCGGCGAUGACAAGGACAUCAAGGUUGAACAGCAAUCAUCCCCCGAUUGCCAGGCAAGAGUACAGCAACCGGCCGAUAAGCAGAAGCGUAAGCGAUAUGAGUGCCAAAUCGAGGGCUGCAAUAAGAAGUUCUCCCAGAAGACGCACCGCGACACCCAUGUUCGAUCUCAUACUGGAGAUAGACCCUAUGUUUGCCCUAUUCCUGGCUGUGGUGGAAGAUUCACACAGGCCGGUAACUUAAAGACACACAAACGUCGUCACACAGGAGAGAGACCCUACCGUUGCGAGGUAUGCGACAAGGGUUUUGUGCAACGUGGGGAUGUCAAAGCACACAUGAAGACACAUCUUGGCACAAAGGCAUUCCUCUGCAGACUCGACAACUGCCACAAGCAGUUUACUCAGCGGGGAAAUCUCAAGUAUCACCAAAACAAGUACCACAACGAGACCAUCAAGGCUCUCGCCGCCAGAUUCGACACCAUUGAGGAUUGGUCGACUGUAUCGAAGGAAGACAUGGAGAUCUUCAAGGACUUUGCCGUGGUUCACAAGAACAGCAACAAGGGCAUCAAGGGCCGUGGAAAGCAUCGCAAGGUGAAGUCUGUGCCUCAGAGCUCGCCCACAAGCCCCACCGGACACUCGCCGCUUCCCAAUAUCAUGGCUUCUCAGUAUCCUCUUCCUUCGGGCCCCGGACUUUCGCAUCUUCUUCACAGUCCUCAUCCGCUCCACCCUCCCCUCCAUCACCAGGGUCCUAGCCACUCGGCUAUGUACGGAAUGCCCCGACCGGGCUUCCAUGGCCAUUACGAAACAUAUGAUCAUCACGAAGUUGACACCGUGGCCAGCAGUCGCGGCUCGGUAGCAGAGCCCAUUUACCACCACCACGAGGAGCAUCCCCGGGAGCUUGCUUUCGGCGACCGGAUCUACUAA